AUGCAGGGGCGGAAGGAGGUUGGCGAGGCGACCACGCGGGUGUUUGUGAACAACCAAAACACGCCCUUCGCCACCGUCACGAUCCCGACUUCUCCGCCCCGUGAGCGGGAGAAACGCUUCUUGGGCGAUAGCGUGUAUGCCGAGUUAAAGCGGGACACCUUCGCAUCACUUGGGAAGGGCGACAAGGACUCCACGGGUGUCGCUGGCUUGACUUCCCUUCGAAGAAAUGUAAGAAAUAUGCCCGGAAUCAUGAUGGAGGACGUGCAUCCGCAGCUGGAGGAUGUCUACCAACGGGUUAUGCGCCGCCUGCAGCGGAAGGCAAACUAUGACGAGAUCGGUUGCCCCUCCCUCGCCGUGCAGUUUGGGAUCGUUGACCCAACUGACGAGGAGCGAAGCCGAGAAAAGAACGAGCACGACUCGGAUGAGCCACACACCUCGGCGCACUCAUCCUCGUCAAACGGCGCCCAUGUCAAAACUGGUGCUCCAAGGCGGAAGCAGCGCGGAAGAGGCCUACCGCGAUCGGCGGUCCUUAACUCAACAGGCAGUGACGCCGAGGAUGACACAUUUUUCUUGUCGCAGCAGCCGUGUCCCAAGACGCUGCGAAUGGUCCUUGAGCAGGUCAAUGCCACCGUGACGGAGAAGCUUCGACUUGCAGACACGGGGUCGUUGAAGAAUUGUCUUUGUUUCGUCUUUGAGUGCCGCACGAUGUUGGAACGUCUGCUGAAAGAGAUUCCUUCCUACUCGCAGUUUCAAGGGGAAGGGGAACGACUGCCGACGGCUCCGCAGAUGCAGGAGAUGUAUCAAGAGUUUAGGCGGGUGCCGGUGGUGCUGCCAUCCGCGCAGUUUGAAAAGGAGGCAAGCAACGGCCGUGUUGUGGCUUCUGUGUUAUACAACGGGCUGCAUCCCCAGAGCUCAUUGCUUGCGGCCGGUGGAGAGCCGUCACAGCCGCGGCAGCCGGAGGUGAGGGUCUCUGCCGACUCCACGCCAGUAAAUGCAGGAGAGGACUCCGCCUUCGAGACCCCGGGGUUCGAGGCCGGAGGAGAGCCACCGAAGGUGGCUCACUUGGGCGGCGUUGCCAUCGUCAUUCCCCCGACGUAUGGCAAAAGCAUGCGGACGCAGCAAAAUGGUGGUCGUCCUAUGCGAGCAGGGGCGGGUAUGGAGUCGCGCGGCAAUGCCCGUUUUUUUGGUGCAGACACGGGCCGCGCGACGUCAGCUGUGCAUCCCCUUUCGCGUGACGAACCGCUCGACAGAAAAGGGGCGGAGGAGCCUGCGCCCAUUCUAGCCGCCUCCACUACAAGCAACCAAGCGGCUCCUGCUGUUGCCCGUAACAGUGGCAGCGUCAGCACCUCGGGGAUGGACGCAGCCGCAACGGCUGGGGCAAUAGUGAACUCGCUACUUCAUGCGGAAAGGGAGCGGCUUGUGAAACAAGUCUUCUCGGUUGCUACCCUCACCGACAUUAACAACAUGUCUGUUGUGAAUCGAGAGGACUAUGAUGAGCUGCAGGCGUACGCAAGGACGCUUGUUGUGGAGAUUGAGGAGCGAAAGCAAGAGGUACGUGCGCUUCAGGAACAGUUGAAUGAGGAACGGGAGUACACCACACAAAAGCGAAAGGUUGUGCAAUACUUGCGCGAGACGCUUUACAAGGAGUGUAAUAUUCUCCGCUCUCAGCUCUCCGUGGCGCAACAGAAGCAAAUUCAGUAUCAGAGUCUCUUGAAGGAGCAGCAACAGGCCCUUGCACAUGCAGCAAGUGCCAUGAAUGCCGAGGGACGCGGCGGAACCAGUGUUUCUACGCAUGAAGUAACCCGUCUUCCAAACAUCAGCAGUGCGCGUUUUGCCCAAAAUGAAGCCUCCGUGAUGGGGCUUUCCCUGGCUCCAGGUGUGCAGAGUUUUCGACGCGCCAAUCUAAAUGUCUCCGCCGUAAGUAUGGCCCGCGGCAGCGUCAACAUGGAAGAAAAUGAGGAAGGGAAUAGCUCUGUUGUAGCGGGUAGUGUGAGCGCCUUGACUCCAAGUCAACGGUUCUCCGUUGAAAUCACGGCGAUCCAAAGCCUCUUGGAUCUCGUCUUGCUGGCUGUGGAAAAUGAUCAGGUGCUUCCGGCCAACGCGGUCCGGGGCAAAAAUGUAAACACGAGCCUUCUCGCCAACACCAUGAGGGAUGAUGAGCACCACCGCGAGGAAAAACUGCGGAAUGAGUUUUCUGAGCGGCAGCGGGAGGCGAAGCAGAAUUAUUCGCUUGGCCGGGCGCAAAUGGCGACGUUGCUCUCCAUGAAGGAGCAACAGAUAGAAAAUAUGAAGAAAUUCUCCGAUAUGCAGUUCCUCGGGAACUACUGGGAGGAGAAGUGUAGCGUGCUGCGAAGCGAGCUUAGGCGUAUCCGUAAGGCCGUCCAGGAAGACUUGAGCACGCUUAAGCAGUUUUUGGUCACAACUAUGGAAACUAUUAUUAAACGUGUCUAUGUCGUGGAUUCAAGCUUGGGUGAGAACCAAACCCUAUUCGCUACACAGUCAGCCUUGCGAGAUGUCAUUUCAUCUGCCCAUUCCCUGCUUUUGCCCAUGCUAACGACGGAAUAUGAGCGUGGUUACCACCCAUGGCCGCUCAAGCUACGCAACACAAUGGAUCCGUUCUCCCGGAUGAUUAAGGCGCGGUACGGCGACGCGCAAAUGAUACUUGUGCGGGAAGAGAUGAAUGCACUAAGCAGCCUUUAUGUUGCGGUGCAUCAUUACGUGAUGAAAAAUGUGGUGUCACCCGUCUUGAAGCGACCGUUGCCUGGGAAAACGCUGCGGAACCUGUGCGCAUUGAUGUCGAUGAACAAUGGCACAUCAGCGGAGCUGUGGACGCAAAUUCGGGUAAAGUACACACGUGAACUUGGCUUCCAAAAGAGUAUUGCUGAAUUGAAUAUGUUGAUUGUCUCUUUGAUGUACCGCCAGCGAAUCAUAACAGAGCGCUCCGCCGAGGCCAUGCAGAGGGCCGGCAUGGACCCGCGGCUCAGUGGCAUACCAGUCCAGCGCACAGUUAACAGGAUCGCGGAGAGGUUGCACAAGGCAGUUGCCGACCGUGCAGCUCUGCGAAAACGGCGCCAGGAGAAUGCACGUGAUGUCUACCGGAUUUGGAAGAAGCAACAGCUUGACGUGUAUGAAGGAUACCCGCCGCCAACUCCGCCGCAGCGACUUGUUGUGGCCGAGAUGGACCCCCACAAACACGACGUCCUGCUCACAGCGCCCCCCAUUGUGCCACGCAGCAAAAGUAAUUUAGAGACGCCGCCCGCGCUUUCCACGAGCCAACCCGUCAACUUCUGGAACCGCAUGCUCUCCACCAGUGUGGAGGGAAGGUGGCUAAUGGAGGAAGGCGCGCCCCCUUCGGUGGAAGAAAAUUUAUCGCGAGGGGAACAAGAAUUGCCACAAGGGGCCCAAGAAGCACCGUCGUGGUCAUGA